AUGGCUAGUGAGGAGAGUUUCGUAGUGUUAGUUCAUCAUAGAGGAUCCAUUAAGUGGAAAACUCGUUCCGGUGUGAAGUUCACUGAUAAGGAUCCUCUCUAUGUUAUCGUAAGGCCUACGACGAGGUAUGAGGACCUUGUUAGCUCUGUACUGCUGAAACUUGGUCUAGAAGGUGUGAAACGGGUUAAGAAGUUUUUUUAUCGAAUUCCGAUCACGGUGCUCCAAGAAACCGUAAAGUACGAUUGUUUCACAAUCGGGAGUGAUGAUGACUUGCAGGUCAUGUUUCAUUGUCGCCGGCAGUUUCCAGAGGUGAGGACACCAGAACUGUUGGCAAAGUUGGUUGACGCCGUGUCUAGCUCGGGGGGUUCGAACCGGAAUACCACCACUUUAGCCACGGUAGCCGGUUCUAGCUCAAGACCAGCCGUGGCAUCUUCCUCCGUCCCUGCGUACGAGCCUCCUCUCCAACCUGUCGUCUCCCCUUCGUUCGCUGUUGAUCUCAACGGGAGUGUAGGCGACGAGGUCGGAGAAGGGGAAUAUCUGCGGACCUCUUUACAGUGUCUUGUAUCGGCUGAGGUUGGAGAUGGAUUCUUGGAUGAUCCAGAGGAGGAUGAUGUCGAGCCGGAUAUGAUUGCUGAUGACAGUGGCAAUGAUGUUGGAGCAAGUGAGCCUGCUGGGGCGGGCGGUGGUUCUAGCUCUGGCACGCAGCAGUACCCUCCACAUUUUUCCUCUUUAGACUUGGCUGCCAUGAGGCAGGAGGGGUACCUGGGCAGCCGGCUGGAUUUGGCACUAGAGAUGCUGAAGAGUCUACAGCUUAGUCUCCGACAGCGAAAGGGAGUUUGGGAGGUCAAACGUUACAACGGACCGCAUACUUGUCCCGCCACCUCGAUUUCCAGCGACCACAGGAAAUUGGAUUACCAUGUGAUAUCGGCAUUCAUUAUGCCAAUGGUUAGGGCUGACGCAUCUGUCAGCAUCAAGGUGCUCCUAAAUGCCACCGCAACACACUUCGGGUUUAGGCCGACUUACAGGAGGGUCUGGUUGGCGAAGCAGAAGGCUGUUGCCCUCAUCUAUGGUGACUGGGAUGAGUCGUACAAUGAGCUCCCAAGGCUAUUCUGGACGUUUCCACCGUGUAUCGAGGCAUUCCGUCAUUGCAAGCCCCUAAUUAGUAUUGACGGCACCCAUCUAUAUGGCAAGUAUGGGGGAACGUUGCUUGUCGCGAUUGCACAGGACGGGAACUCCAACAUAUUACCUGUUGCAUUCACAUUAGUCAAGGGUGAGAACGCUGAGUCGUGGCAUAACGGCAUCAAGGCCGCGCUUGAGGCUCCUGACGGAGGCUGGUUACCUCCGUCUGCAUACUGGGCAUUCUGCAUUCGACAUGUUGUGGCAAAUUUCGCUCUCACCUUCAAGGGCAAAGACGCAAGGAGGCUACUUGUGAAUGCGGCGUUCGCUAAGACCGAGGUCGACUUCCAUUACUGGUUUGAUAUUCUUAGGUCCGAAGACCCGACGAUGUGUGACUGGGCGAACCGGAUUGAGUAG